AUGUCAAAUAAAUUAAAAGAAAUUGAUAAUAUUAUAAAUAAUUUAUUUCAAGGUCUUAAUCAUGAUGUUGAUACAGUACCUGAUUUAAAAUUUGUUUUAAAUAUAAUAAAACAAAUAAAUCAACAACAAGAAACAAUUGGACAUCAAAGGACGAGUGGCAUUAAGGGCAUUUUCCGGUACACGAUAUUUUUAAGAAAUAAUUAUAUGAGUGUUACAAGAUCGAUAUGCGCUACAAAUCUAGUACGGUGAUUUUCAUUGAAGUCACUUCCGGGC